CAUGCGCGGCGCCCUGUGUCCGCUCGGUGGGGCGCGAGGAUGGGCGAGAGCUCGAGCCCCAUCAGCGUCAUCCUGGUCAGCUCCGGCAGCCGCGGGAACAAGCUGCUCUUCCGCUUUCCCUUCCAGAGGGGGCCCGGCAGCCCCGCCGCCCACACCGGGAAACCGAGAAGUAGGUAUGCCGUGAACAGUCUGGGUGACGGUGUGGAAGACCCAGAUGGGGACUCCAGAGAGCCCUGUCCGCUCACUGAUGAGCAGGUGGUGUCGGGGUUCUCGGACGUCAUCCUGGCAACGAUCCUGGCUACCAAAUCCGAUAUGUGUGGCAAGAAGUUUGAGCUGAAGAUCGACAACGUCCGUUUCGUGGGACACCCCACCCUGGUGCAGCAUGCCUUUGGGCAGAUCUCCAAGACAGACCCCUCCCCAAAGCGGGAAGUGCCCACCAUGAUCCUCUUCAAUGUCGUCUUUGCCUUGAGGGCCACCGCGGACCCUUCGGUCAUCAGCUGCCUGCACAAUCUCUCUCGCCGCAUCGCCAUCGUCCUCCAGCACGAGGAGCGCCGCUGCCAGUACCUCACGCGAGAGGCCAAGCUCAUCCUGGCCAUUCAGGACGAAGCAUCGGCCAUCUCGGAAACGCCUGAAGGUCCCCAGUCGCCUUUCCUCCACAUCCUCCCCAAGUGCAAGCUGGCCAGAGACCUGAAGGAGGCUUACGACAGCCUCUGCACGACAGGCGUUGUCCAGCUGCACAUCAACAACUGGCUGGAAGUGAGCUUCUGCCUGCCCCACAAAAUCCACUACGCUGCUUCUCGCUUCAUCCCUCCGGAAGCCAUCGAGAGGAGCCUCAAGGCCAUCCGGCCGUACCACGCCUUGCUGCUGCUGAAGGACGAGAAGGCGCUUCUCAGCGAGCUGCCGCUGGACUGCUCCCCCGCCCUGGUGCGCGUGGUCAGGACCACCUCGGCCGUCAAGAACCUCCAGCAGCUGGCCCAGGACGCCGACCUGGCGCUGUUGCAGGUGUUCCAGCUGGCAGCGCACCUGGUCUACUGGGGGAAGGCCAUCAUCGUUUACCCGCUGUGCGAGAACAACGUCUACAUGCUGUCUCCGAAUGCCAGCGUCUGCCUCUACUCCCCUCUGGCGGACGACUUUGCCUGCCAGUUCCCUGGCCACGACCUGCCUUCCGUCCUCUCCAAGUUCUCCUUGCCGGUGUCCCUGUCGGAGUUCAAGGACCCCCUGGCUCCCCCCGUGCAGGAGACGCAGCUCAUCCAAAUGAUCGUCUGGAUGCUGCAACACCGCCUCCUCGUCCAGCUGCACACCUACGCCUGCCUGAUGGUGCCCCCCAAGGAGGAAGACGUCCGGCCCCGGGCGGAGGAGGUGCCCCUGGCGGCCAGAGUCGGGGGGCGCAGCCUCAGCACCCCCAACGCCCUCAGCUUUGGCUCCCCAACCAGCAGCGACGACAUGACGCUCACCAGCCCCAGCAUGGACAACUCCAGCGCAGAGCUGCUGCCCGGAGGGGACUCCCCCGUCAACAAGCGCAUGACCGAGAACCUGCUGACCAGCCUCCCGGAGCACGAGAGAGAGGCCAUCCUCAGCGUCCCAGCCGCCCACAACCCCGAGGACCUGCGCACCUUUGCCAGGCUGCUGCACUACUUCCGGGGGCGCCACCACCUGGAGGAGAUCAUGUACAACGAGAACAUGCGCCGCUCGCACCUCCUGAUGCUCUUUGACAAGUUCCGGGGCGUGCUGGUGGUGACCAACCACGAGGACCCCGUCAUCUCCGUCUUCCAGUCCUUCCAGAAGUGAGGAGAAGCAGCCGCUGCCUCGGACUUCGAAGGGGGAUUGCUGGCCCUUG